GAUCGGAUCCUUAAUUGGAAAUCCAAAACCCGAUCCACCGUCUUAACCGCUAAUCGGUAGAGAAACCUAGACAGAGGUGCGAGAUCGAAGGGAGAAAUCGAAGGAUCGAGUAUGGCGGCGGCGGACGAGGAGGAGGUGAAGCUAGGUUCCUCAAAGCCUAUGAUCGCGACGCAGGCAGAGAUGGUGGAGGAGAGGGUUCCGAUUCCGUACCGAGACCAGUGCGCGCACCUACUGAUCCCGCUCAACAAAUGCCGGGUGAAGGAGUUAUACCUCCCGUGGAAGUGUGAGGUGGAGCGUCACGCGUACGAGAAGUGCGAGUACGAGCUCGUCAUGGAGCGGAUGCUACAGAUGCAGAAGAUCCGUGAACUCGAGGAGCGCCGGAAAAAGGCCGGCCAGACCAAGCCGCAAGGCGCUGGCAUCCCCAUCAUCGCAUCCACCGCCAAUACAUGAUUGUACUCUCACCCUGGUUUUUCAGGUUUGAUGUGAAGUUCUGUGCCAACUUCUGCUUUGGACUUCCAGCUUUUCCAUACAGUGUAAUUGGUUUGUUUUCAUAAAAGAAACCUUCUGUACUGGUCAGAAAUGAUAUUAAACUUCUCUGCUUUCUUUUCAUUUUGUUGCAAACCUCUUAGCCAUAUAGACGAAAUAUUUGUAAUAAGUAUUUUACUAAUGCAUUGGUCUUGUUGUUGUCACUGUCACUAUUUGUAUGUUUGUCUACUGGAGCUCCUAUUUGGUUA